AUGAAACACACGUCAGUUCUGUCUCUGCUGCUCCUUCUGGGAACUAGCUCAGCUAACAACUACCAGAAUGUGGCUUUACGUGGGAGAGCGACCAUGUCAGAGCGUAUUGCCGACUUGUAUGGAUUUGCCUCCAAUGCUAUUGAUGGAAACCGUGAAUCUAACUACUCUGCUGGAUCAUGCACCUCCACUGUUGAGAUGGCCAACCCCUGGUGGAGAGUGGACCUGCUGGAGUCCUACAUCAUCACCUCCAUCAUCAUCAUCAACAGAGGAGACUGCUGUGCAGGAAAGCUCAACAUG